AUGGUAGGGCGGCUCAGCCUCCCCGACGCGCCCCAGCUGCCCGACGCCCAGCGGGCGCUCGACAGCCCCGACUCCGGGCUGCCCCCCAGCCCGAAUCCCGGCACUUGGCUGCUCUCGGGCGGCGGCGGCGGCGGCGGCGGCGGCGGCUCCGAGCGGGGACUCGCCAACGGGCUGCCCGGCCCCCCGCAGCCUCCUGCUAAGGAUCCUGCAUCUUCUUUCCACCCCCUGCUUCCUGGCUGCACCUUGAGGUUAUGUCCUCUGUCCUUCGGCGAAGGAGUGGAGUUUGAUCCGUUGCCACCCAAGGAUAUAAGGUAUACCUCUUCCGUGAAAUACGACUCGGAGAAACACUUCAUUAAUAAUAUUGAUAUGCCGCUGAGGCUCGGGGCGUCCUCUUGCAGCCAGACGGUCGUCUGCGUUCCUGACAGCACGUGGCGUAGUUACAAAGCGGAGGUGCGUUUCCAGCCCCGCAACAGAGCCAGGAGUUUUAGCAGCACCACCAUCGUCUACCCCAAACACACCAAGACUGUGUACACAACCACACUGGAUUACAACUGCCGAAAGUACGUGCGGAAGUUCUUGUCCAGCGUGGAGCUGGAGUCUUCUGGGAAGGACAACGGCCUCAAUGAUUGCUGACUGCUCUUUUUUUCCUCUCCUGUGGCAACGCCCUCUGUCUUCGUUGCAUCGUGCUCAAUUCUCAGCCGGAUGAAACCUUCAAUAGUUUUGCCACUCGGAUGAACCUUGUUCGUAGCUACCUCUCUCCCCCAGCGUGCACCUUCAGCCUUAAGGAUUCCGUUGGCCUGCACUUAAUUUUUUAAUAAUUUUUGUUUAUAAGAAUGUACCCUUUUUCUUAAGCCUUUUCUUCUUUCGACGCCAUCAUUUGUUUUUGUCCUGGUCUUUCCUUGUGCGUGGUGAAAAUAAAGGAAUCUUUCUUUUUAAAAGGGAAAAGUAACUUGCUUUCGCAGACGAGGAGGUACCUGGGAUGACAGCCUUUGAGUGAAAACAAUCCUUGAAUUGACUCUUUGUACGGUGGAAGCUAUGUUGUUCGCUCCCGCAUCAAAGAACUUAAAAACCAACCUCUUUCCCAUUUAAAACCCCAAAGCCAUAUUUAUUUUCGCUUGUCAAAGGCCCUCACUUGUUAUGACGAAGUAUAACACAGAGAUUUUGCUGUGGCAGGCUGGUUCAUGGGCAAUGCACAAUUUUGGGUUGAUGUAGAUCUUUUAACUUUACUCCAAAUAUGCCUACUCUGUUCUUUCAAGGACGUCUUCGAAGAAAUGAUCAGGACAGUCGUUGAAAGGGGUUUUGCAUUAAAGCACAAAGAGACUAGGGUUUUUUUGGUUGUUCCUGAUAUGUUUCAUUAAUUACACAAAAUGUCUGAUUUGCUUUUCACUUAAUUCACUCUGAACCUGCCAGACAGUUUGUUAGAAAGCGCUGUUGUUUGCCUGCAACUUGUAGCGUAUACAAGGCUAAAAAUUAUCUUGAUGUCAUCAGGAAUAUUUUAAAAAAUUCAUCUGUGUAAAACUUUGUGAACGUAACAACUCAGAACCUCCCAUAAUUCUUUGCAGUAGCACUUUGAACACUCAGAAUGAAGUUGGCACGAUUUUAGACCAUCUUUCUUUUAUAUGUGACCCUGCCGUGACGUCUGUAGGAACUCUUGAAAUCCAGAGGUGAACAGAAAAAAAUGCUAAGGGUACAAUCCUAUACACAUUUAGAUGGAAAAUAGUGCUACACCUCUGUGUUCCCCAGCCGGCUGGGAGUUGUAGAAUUCACAUAUGAACGUGUGUAGUAUUGCGCCUUAAGUUGUUAAGGUAUGGUUUAGGAUCCGUUUCCCCACAAAUAUUUCACCCUUGGCUGAGUCCUCAACACUUGCUGCCCAAAUUGCAUUGUGGAUGUUGCAAACAGGUCAUUUGAGUAAUUAAUUCAUCACCAGCACAAAAGGAGGAUAUUAAACGCUUCACCUCUUUUAAGAAGGUUUGCAGCCGUGUGUCCAGUCAGUUCAUAUUUUUGGUGAAUCUGGAUAACCUCGAAGUGCACGGGAUAGAGGAAAGUUACCUAGCUAUGAUGAGUUGGAUCUUACAAAGGACAGGAGCAGCUGAGAACUUUUUCUGUCUCCAUAGCAAUGUCUCCAUUCAUGGCCAGAUGCUUCCUCAUUGUGCAGGGUAUGUUCAAUGUCCCAAACUAAUCUUGGCUCAGUUGUUCACCUACAAAGCAGCCCAGCUUCAUCUAUCGUGCGUUGAUCGCUUUCCUCCACUUUCGUUCUUUGAAAAUUGAGCUCAGCUUUUAGUCUGAAAACAUCUAUAUUGUCCAUCAUAAUAGCUAAUCCCUAGUAACACAUCAGGAAGGCUGCCAGGUUAAUACAGUGCUUAGUUUUUUGUGUGUGUAGGAAGUUAUUGUGGCAUUUGCAAACACUGUGAAUAGGAUUUUUUCCCCUCCAUUCUUUUUUUCUAGAAUUCCUCAACAGGGUCUUUUGUUUGCGGUCACGCUUUUCCAUGCACUUUGACCAAAGAAAGCAUUUUUAAAAAAUGCUGCUUUCUAAAUGUUACCGAAAUAUAGAGCAGUUCCAUUUGGAUGUGCCUGGAAGAAGUACCUAAGAUUGAUUCGAAUGGACGUCUUUUGGGGGGCAGCGGGGUGUAUGUGUUUGAGUGUGCUGCCUUUGUGAACCCUCAAAAAUGUUCCGGUGAUAUUCUCCCAGAAGAAAAGAAAAAAGCAUUGAGCACGUGUUCGAGCAGGUGUAGGCUUUUACAGCCUUCUCCAGUCUGGUACCUUCUAGAUGCGUUGGGAUAUAACUCCCUGCAACCCCUGUCGUCCCAACACAUCUGGAAAGGCCCUAGGUUAGGGAAGGAUGGUCUAAGGCGUGCGAGGAAUGCAGAAUAGCUUCCUGCAGCAGAAUAUCCAUUGCUGGGCUUUAGUAAAGAUAGUUCUCGCAAGUGUGAUUAACGGUUAGUGUCGAGGAGAGUUUGGUAGCAUUGUGUGCGUGAAGGCAGGAUUGCUUUGUAGUGAGAGGGAGUUAUUUAUUUGUUAGAAUUGAUUGCUUUGUUUUUUGUUUGCUCUUAAGGGAACACGUUGGGAACCGCGCCUAGAGAGGCAAGGGACAGCCCCCUAAGGCCUGGUGGUGUAGACUUUGAAGCAAUUUUUGUAAUUCUUUCCCUCAACGCCCCAGCCGAAACAGAACUAGUUUCUGAAAGCUGGGAACACCGUCUGCAAACAAAGCGUUAUCUUCAAUGCAAGGUGCAAACAAGUUACUCAGCGACUACGUCACUGAGAAAUGGUUUGAUGAGUCACGUGCUGUUUUCAGCCCUGCUCGCAUGCAUAGGAUUGCCUCAAGGAAGUCCCUAGAACCUUUUGUGGGGUGCGAUCCUCUCUUGAAUACGUGGGCAAUGGUGACGUUAUUCCACACGAGAUGUACCAUGGGGCUUCUUGAAUUCUGUUCUUCCUAGGAAUUCAUGAAUGAAAACCUUAUAUGAAACCUUCAAAGCGCAUUUUCUUCCUUGCCUCUCUGUAAACAUAAAUCUUAAAUAUCUGUCUAUAUAUGUGCCUUUUUUUUCUUUUUAAAGAAAAAGAGAAUGGUGGCAUUACAUGAUUUAAAAGUUAAGUUGCGUUGCUGUGUUUGUGGGAAGCCCUGGAUGUGGCUGUGCAAUGCCUAUGAUGAGAUUCCUCUCCCCAUUGCUGUUCUUAAUUUGCUUUUAAUUUUAGCCCUUUUAACUAGUAAUAAAUUAUCUGAAUAACAUAAUCGUAGAGAUGUGUAUUGUGUUCAUUAACGCUUGUCAAACUGUAGUGGGGUGAAUUGCCUAGGCUGUUUUUUGAGUGUGCAUGGGAAUUAUUACUUAAUAUUAGAAGUGACAAAUUAAUACAAUUAUGAGGA